UUGACCACAGUCAGGAUCCGUCUCUGCGGGUUUUGUCGCGUUAAUCGGAGGAACCAGCAGAGGAACCAGCUGCAGGUCUCCAGAGCGGGUCCCAGCUGCUGUCCAGGCCGGAGGAGAGCAGCCGAAGCCCCGCAGAGAUGCCCGAGACGGAGAGUUACUCCAACCCUCUGGCCCCUGAGGGCCACGAGCUGGACGACCACAGAGCGGCGGCUCAGUCCAAACUGACCAAUGAUGACUUCAGGAAGCUGCUGAUGACGCCGAGGGCGACGCCCUCCUCAGCCCCGCCCUCUAAAUCCAGACACCACAGAAUGCCGAGGGACUACAACGAGGACGAGGAUCCUGCAGCGAGGAGGAGGAAGAAGAAGAGCUACUAUGCUAAGCUACGUCAGCAGGAGAUGGAGCGAGAGAGAGAGCUGGCCGAGAAAUACCGCGACCGAGCGAGAGAGAGAGAGCGCCGAGAUGGCGUCAACAAGGACUACGAAGAAACCGAACUCAUCAUCAGCACCACCGCCAACUACAGAGCUGUGGGCCCCACGGCCGAGGCAGACAAGUCGGCAGCAGAGAAACGUCGUCAGCUGAUCCAGGAGUCGAAGGGGGGGGGUGGUGACAUGGAGCACACUCACUUGGUGAAGGGUCUCGACUUCGCUCUGCUGCAGAAGGUGAGAGCUGAGAUCACCAGUAAAGAGAAAGAAGAAGAAGACAUGAUGGAGAAAGUCCAGAAAGAGGCCAAGAAAGACGUGGAGCCGGAGGAGAAGAUCGAGUUUAAGACUCGUCUGGGUAGGAACAUUUACCGUGUGGUGUUCAGGACGGGUCAGGUGGAGAGGAACGAGCUCUUCUUGCCGGGUCGGAUGGCGUACGUGGUCGACCUGGACGAUGAGUUCACUGACACCGACAUCCCGACGACUCUGAUCCGCAGCAAAGCCGACUGUCCGAGCAUGGAGGCUCAGACGACUCUCACCACCAACGACAUCGUGAUCUCUAAGCUGACUCAGAUCCUGUCCUACCUCCGGCAGGGGACGCGCCACAAGAAGGUGAAGAAGAAGGACAAAGGUAAACUGGAUGAUAAGAGAGCUCCGGAGGCUGAUCUCAGUAUCUUUGAGGACAUCGGGGACUACAUCCCGUCCUCCACCUCGUCCUCCAAACCUCCCAAAGACAAAAGACAGACACCGGAGAGAGACAGGGACUUUUUGAACCGCGAGAGAGACAGGGAGAGAGAGAGAGACAGGGACAGGGGGAGAGUCCUGGAGGUGGACGCAGGAAAAAAAUAA